CUCUGCGCUGCUUCUCCUUCUUCGUUCUCUCUUUUGCCUCCUCCCUCUCUCUCUCUUCAUCUCGUGCUGUGCCUAAUCCUUCCCCGGGGCACUACUUCUUCCCUCUGCCUUCGCCUUUAUUCUCGUCCUCCUUGCCUUCCCGCUCGCAGGCCAUCUCUUAAAUUCUUGUUCUCUCUCUUUCUAUUCCUCGAAGUCCUUCCCCUGCAUUCUUCUCCACCUUCUGCUGUCCAUCUCCUUCACUCUGCUCAAUUUUCCGUCCUAUUUACUCCUUCCUCCUUUCUCCUCCUCCUCCUCCCGUAUUCUUCUCUUUCCUAAUACACCGUCGACCACUCUUCUUCUUCUCCUUCUCGCGCCUGUGACCCAUCACAAAAAAAAAAAAAUAAAUAAAUAAAAAAAAAGGAAAAAAAGGAAAAAAAGGGGAAAAAAAUCGACGGUUUGCGAUAUGGUGCCGGAGAAGGGCUUCGCGAUUCGGACUUUCCUUUGUAUCUCCUGCUGUGUGACAACGCUGAAAGCAGGAUUUACUUUAGAGCAAGGAAUUCCCCACUUCAAUACGAAGCCGUAUUUCCUCGAAACGCCAUCCAGGAACGUGACUGCGUUAGAAGGCCAGUCGGCUUACCUCCACUGUCGAGUUGCUCAACUUGGGGAUAAAAAGGUGUCGUGGAUCAGAAAACGUGACUUACAUGUGUUGACCUCCGGAGUUCACACCUUCGCUUCCGAUGAGAGGUUUUUGGCCUUACACGCUGAUCGCUCAGAGAACUGGACUCUCCAUAUCAGGUUCAGCCAGGCGCGGGAUUCCGGGGAGUACCAAUGUCAAGUUAACACGGACCCAAAAAUAUCGAUGCUUUUUACUCUCACGGUCAAAGAGGCCGCCACUCUGAUGGACGGGUCUGAUCAGAGAUAUGUGCGAGCGGGAAGCACUAUUCAGCUCUCUUGCAAGACCUCCAUUGCCUCUCAACCGCCAGGUCUGCUCUACUGGUACAGAGACUCGGAAAUCCUUAGGCGCUCGGGGAGAGUGAACAUCACGACACAGAUGGAGAACGAGACAGUGAGCAAACUCAUGAUUCACGACGCGCGAAUCAGCGAUUCGGGGAACUAUACGUGUUGGCCGACCAAAUUUCUCCCGGCAUCCGUCAUGGUACACGUCAUCCCAGAGGAGAAAACGGCUGCCAAAUCGCAGGGCGGAGGAAGCAACGGAAACAGCAACAGCGGUUCGACGACGACAGCCACGACUGCAUCAUCGACCGGUGCCCAUCCAGUGCCCAGAUGCCCCUGGAUACCCCUGCUGGUGGUAGUGUUCUCUCAAGCCUAUAUCAUGCCCGUCCACACAGGUCCGAGUCUUCUUUCGGGACCUUACAGAUAGUUCGGUUCGCUCGUUCGCUAUUUCAUGGGUCCCAAACCAACUGAUUCGACCUGACCUGACUUUUCCCACAUCUCGAUGACGAUAAAAAAAGAGAUAAAUAAAAAUGAUCGUCUACUCGACUUUGAAAUGGCACACUGCUUCAGAGCGGAGGUUGCUCAGUGCGCCUACUUUCGUGCCCAAGUUUUUUUUUUUAUAUAUAUAUAGAUCUUAAGAUGAAAAGGAAACAAUAAGCCGAUAAAGACAAAGUGUUUAUACUCGAUAGUCUCUCUUCCAUGAUGUUUCGUGUCCUUUAUCUGGGCUGCACGUGCUCAGUCCAUUUGUAUUCGGAUUUAAGUGCAUGGGUGUAACCUCGAAGAAGUAUUCGAAUCAAAACAAAAUGUUUUCGUCGUUGUGUUGCAUCUUUCAAUGGAAGGUGACCGAGGUUUUGGUAAGCGGCUGAGUGUGUUGUUAGGGAGACUUUGUACUGCUUGUUAACAAGUGCUUCUUGGGGUAACAUAUAAUGUACUGGAACGACUUAUCACUGUACGCUAUAUUUUGUAAGGGUUUCUCUCUGUUUCAAUAUAAUCGUUUGGUUUUCAUCGUCUAAAAGAACACGCACAGAGGACAGAAUUGAUAUUUCGCAACACUCAAAAAAUAAAAAAUACCCCUUUCUCUCUCUCUUCUCUCUCUCUCUCUCUCUCUCUCUGUAUCACACACACAUACACAUUUUAUUUACUUGUGUGGCUGACGAAACCCGCAACAAAAAAUGGAUGAAAUAAAAGAAAAAAGUUAGUGGGCGUCUUUAUCUACUCAAGUUUCAUCCUUUGUGAGACAUUUUAUUUAUUGCCUUACAUUCCUUUCAUUCCUUAUGCCGGAGUUCCACGAAAGAAAGCAACCACACCUGACAUAUAGCCAAAUUUACGUUUUCCAAGGAUUGACAGUUCGAUCAUUGAACAUUAAAACUGGUGUCCCAGGGAAAUUGAAACAACUAUCCUAAAAGACAAAUUCCAUAAGAAGACCUAUUAUAAAUUAUU